AUGGAUGGCAUUAAAUUGUUCAAAGGCGAGCUACUUCUUUACGGGCGACUAAGUAUUAAUGUCAUAAUCCAUCUCGCAUCGCCGCUGGCUCUUGAGACCGACGACGAUAAUGUAGAUAUCAUCAAGCCAGCAGUAUCCAUAGUCACCACUGCUCUGGAAGCAGCUUCUCGCACAUCAUCAGUUCGGCGUGUUAUUCUAACAUCUUCCUGUGUGACACUAAUCCCAUUUGAAUGGAACAUGGCUCCAGAGAGCGAGAGAUUGUACAAUGUCAACGACGUGAACAAUAGCGUCGAGGGCCCAUUCCUGGGGGCAAUGCAGGCAUACUGGGCCUCGCAGGCAUACUGGGCCUCGAAAGCCCUUGCUCGGAAUGCGACCAAGGCCUUCGUCCACGACAAGAACCCUCAGUUUGACUUCGUCAACCUUUUGCCAUCGAUAGCCUUCUUCAGGGUGCCCGUGCAUCGGUGCUUGCGUGUGCCCUCACCUCUAAACACAACUCCUCAUUUCCCCUACGUCGGAACGCCUGUGCAUGUUGCCGACGUUGCUCGAGCACAUGUCGACGCAAUUGAUGCAAAGCGUGUUGCCGGAAAUUCUGAAUUCAUUCUAUCUUCGGACACACCUGAUGGAGUUUUCUGGAAUAGAGAUGUUCGGGACAUCUGUAACAAGCAUUUCCCGGGAGAAGUGGCGCAUGGGCUUUUGCCAUUGGAGGGGUCCUUGACGAGUGUGAAGUGGAGACUGGAUGUCAAGGAAACGGAGGAAGCCUUCGGGUGGCAGUUCAUGUCAUUUGAGCAUACGAUGCGAGACUUGAUUUCCCAAUAUCUUUGGCUUCGCGGGAAGAACACAUAA